UAAACAAACAAGCAACAGGACAAUUAACAUCACGUGCACUUGCAUCACCGGCCACUUACUCGCCACUGGACCACCACUCGCCAUCAGAACACUGCCAGCCUCCAGCAAUGUUGUCCGAAAUCUUCCUGUCCCUUCUGGCUCUUCGGCUAACUUCGGCGGAACCGACGGCCGGCGGAAUCGACAGAGCCAUGAGCGAAGGGGUGACGAGUAUGGGCUACAAUGUGAUGUACGGUGAUGAAGACUUCACGGUACUAAAUUCGGUUGUGGAUGAGGUUGAGAAAAAGGCGUCGAAUGCUAAAAUUAGACUGAAUGAGCUGAUUCAGCCGUUGCCCGCGAGAGAUGUGAAAUGCUUGAUGUCGGCUGACCAUUAUUGCUCUAAGGAUAUGAAGGAGACGAAAAGUAUCAUAAUUCAAGCUAUCAAAGACGACUGUAAGUCUUGUUCGACGGCGGAGAAGGAGAACGCCGGGCGGGUCAUCGCGGCCAUGAUGGCGCACGACCCCUCCUCCUGGAAGCUGUUCCUCACCAGGGUUGCCCUUUUGGUAAAGGAGCAAUAUAUAAACAAACGGACACCCUCUGCACCAGACACGGACCGGUACAGGGCCGUGGGCGAACCUGAAGAAGUGAUAAGUGUACGUGCCAACCGAUUCAUUCUGCCCGGUGCCAAGGUGAGAGUGAAGAGGUACCUUAUGGAAAAGGUUCCGGAAUAGCGUUUUAGUUUCUAGGAUUAUAUGUGCCAUUUUAAAGUAAUAUUUAAUACUAAUGUUUGAAAGCAGAGGGGCAGAAGCGCUGCGCAAGAUAUUUAAGGGUCCCGUAAAA